AUGAGUCUCAGGCAAAGCCAGCUGCCCACGCGCGGUCGUGGUCCGCAAGCGCGGCCGCCUCCGCAGUUUUACGAGCCCUUCAACAUUAUCCCUGUCAAUAACAUUUUGAUAGACCACCCUUCCCUUCGUUAUCCAGAGGUACGCGCCGCUAGCUCAGCGAUACGCGCUGCUGGGGACCUUCGAAAACCGCCGUUUAUGCCAUGGCACGAUAACAUGGACCUCCUGGAUUGGCUGGGGCUCUUUUUCGGGUUUCAGGGAGACAACGUCAAGAACCAGAGAGAGCAUCUGGUGCUCCACUUGGCGAACUGUCAAAUGCGCCUCCAGCCGCAGCCCGCCUCCGUGGACCGCCUUGACUCUGUGGUUCUUCGCCGCUUCCGGCAAAAGCUUCUGAAGAAUUAUACUUCCUGGUGCUCAUAUUUGGGGAAAAGGUCUCAAGUUCGGCUUCCAAGUCGCCACAAUCCCAACCUCCAGCGUAAUGAGCUCCUGUAUGUAUGUCUCUAUUUAUUGAUAUGGGGUGAAGCCGCGAAUCUGCGCUUUGCCCCCGAAUGUUUGUGCUAUAUAUAUCAUCACAUGGCAAUGGAACUCAAUUACAUACUUGAUGAUCACAUUGAUGAGAAUACUGGACAACUUUUUGUUCCUUCCACAUGUGGUCAAUUUGGUUUCUUGAAUAAUGUUGUUACACCAUUUUAUGUGACAAUUAAGGGUGAGGUUGGGAGGAGUAGGAAUGGCACUGCCCCACAUUCAGCUUGGAGAAACUAUGAUGAUAUAAAUGAGUAUUUUUGGAGUAGGAGGUGUUUUCAGAGGAUAAAAUGGCCCAUUGACCUUAACAGUAAUUUUUUCUAUACUGCAGAAAAGAGGGUGGGAAAGACAGGAUUUGUGGAGCAACGGACAUUCUGGAAUGUGUUUAGGAGCUUUGAUAGGUUGUGGGUUUUGUUGAUAUUGUUUUUUCAGGCUGCAACUAUUAUUGCAUGGGAGGGGACUGAAUAUCCAUGGCAGGCAUUGGAGACUAGGGAUGUGCAAGUUCAAUUGCUUACAAUUUUUAUUACCUGGGCUGGUUUAAGGUUUGUUCAAUCAAUACUUGAUGCUGGGACUCAGUAUAGUUUGGUAUCAAGGGACACAAAAUUGCUUGGUGUGAGGAUGGUUUUGAAAAGUAUGGUUGCCCUUACUUGGACUAUUGUGUUUGGGGUGUUCUACGGAAGGAUUUGGAGCCAGAAGAACUCUAACGAUGUCUGGUCUUAUGAGGCAAACCAAAGAAUACUCACAUUUCUUAAGGCCGCUUUAGUGUUUGUCAUCCCAGAGUUACUUGCACUGGUGCUGUUCAUUCUUCCCUGGAUUCGCAAUGUGAUUGAAGAAGCCGAUUGGACUAUAUUGUACAUUUUAACGUGGUGGUUUCACACCAGAAUAUUUGUUGGCCGAGGAGUUAGAGAGGGUCUCAUUGACAACAUGAAGUACUGUUUUUUCUGGGUUGCAGUGUUGGCUUCAAAAUUCUCGUUUAGUUACUUUCUUCAAAUCAAGCCUCUUGUUGGCCCAACAAGAGCUCUAUUGAAUCUCAGGAAUGUCACAUACAGGUGGCAUGAAUUCUUCACUAGCACCAACAGAAUGGCAGUAGUAAUGCUGUGGCUUCCCAUUGUCUUGAUAUAUCUAGUGGAUAUGCAAGUCUGGUAUACAGUGUAUUCCUCUCUUGUUGGGUCAACAAUCGGAUUGUUCUCGCAUAUAGGCGAGAUUCGAAAUAUUAAACAGCUAAGACUUAGAUUCCAGUUUUUUGCAAGUGCAUUGCAGUUUAAUCUGAUGCCAGAGGAUCAGACUCUUAGUUCUGGGGCAACGGUUGUUCACAAACUGCGCAAUGCCAUUCACCGGGUUAAGCUCCGAUAUGGCCUUGGACAGCCAUACAGGAAGAUUGAAUCAAGCCAGGUUGAAGCUACUAGGUUUGCAUUAAUAUGGAAUGAGAUAAUCAUAACUAUGAGGGAGGAAGACCUCAUAAGCGAUAAAGAAUUGGAGCUAUUGGAACUGCCACCUAACUGUUGGGAUAUCAAAGUAAUACGCUGGCCAUGUUUUCUGCUUUGCAAUGAAUUGCUGCUUGCCUUGAGCCAGGCGAGAGAACUAGCAGAUGUACCCGAUCGGUCGGUGUGGUUACGUGUUUGCAAGAAUGAGUACAGACGGUGUGCAGUCAUUGAAGCUUAUGAUAGCAUCAAAUACUUGCUUCUUGAGAUCAUUAAAUAUGGUACAGACGAGCAUUCAAUUGCCACAAAAUUUUUCAUGGAGGUGGAUGAAUAUCUUCAAUUUGAGAAGUUCACAGGGGCCUAUAAGACGGCGGUUUUACCUCAGAUUCAUGAACAAUUGAUAUCUCUUAUUGUGCUUCUUCUCAUGCCUGAGAAAGAUAUGGGUAGAGUGGUGAACGUAUUGCAGGCCUUGUACGAGCUUUCUGUUCGGGAAUUUCCAAAGGUGAAGAAGUCCAUGGUUCAGUUGAGGCAGGAGGGUUUGGCACCUAUUAAUCCAAGUAGUGAUGCUGGGCUGCUUUUUGAAAAUGCUAUUCAAUUACCUGAUGCUGGAGAUGCAUUCUUCUACAGGCAGCUGCGACGUUUGCUCACUCUGCUUAGUUCUCGAGAUUCAAUGCACAACGUCCCAAAAAAUAUAGAGGCGAGACGGCGGAUAGCUUUCUUUAGCAAUUCACUAUUUAUGAACAUGCCGCGUGCUCCGCAAGUUGAGAAGACCAUGGCUUUCAGUGUCUUGACUCCUUACUAUGAUGAAGAAGUGGUGUAUGGAAAAGAAAUGCUUAGAAGUCCAAACGAAGAUGGCGUUUCUACCUUGUUUUAUCUGCAGAGAAUUUAUGAAGAUGAGUGGGAAAAUUUUGUGGAGCGUAUGCACAGGGAAGGCUGCAAUGAAAAUGAAAUCUGGAGCACCAAAGCAAGGGAUCUCAGACUCUGGGCAUCAUACAGAGGCCAAACACUGUCUCGUACUGUGAGAGGGAUGAUGUAUUACUACAGGGCUCUUAAGAUGCUUUCUUUUCUUGACUCUGCACCAGAGAUGGAUAUAAGACAAGGAUCGCUAGAGAUUGCUUCGCUUGGAUCACAGAAACAGAAUGGUAGCUUGAAUGGUCUAGGCUCGGGCAUGCCAAAUUCUCAAAAUCUCAACAGAGCAAGUAGCGGUGUGAGCUUGCUUUUUAAAGGACACGAGUUUGGUUCUGCUAUGAUGAAAUACACUUAUGUAGUCGCCUGCCAAAUGUAUGGGGUCCAUAAGGGAAGGGGUGAUGCCCGUGCAGAGGAGAUCUUAAAAUUGAUGGAAAACAAUGAGGCCCUUCGAGUUGCAUAUGUUGACGAGGUUUACUUGGGAAGAGACGAAGUUGAGUACUACUCUGUACUAGUGAAGCAUGAUCAACUACUGAAUAAAGAAGUGGAAAUCUAUCGCAUUAAGUUGCCUGGCCAUCUGAAGCUUGGGGAGGGUAAACCUGAAAAUCAGAACCAUGCAAUUAUCUUUACUCGUGGUGAUGCUGUUCAGACUAUUGACAUGAACCAAGACAAUUACUUUGAGGAAGCACUCAAGAUGCGGAAUCUGUUGGAGGAAUUUAAAAUCUCUUAUGGUAUCAGGAAGCCAACCAUUCUGGGAGUUCGUGAAAAUAUAUUUACUGGUUCUGUGUCAUCACUUGCUAAGUUCAUGUCUGCUCAGGAGAUGAGUUUUGUCACUCUGGGGCAACGCGUUUUAGCAAAUCCUCUCAAGGUUCGCAUGCACUAUGGUCAUCCUGAUGUCUUUGAUAGGUUCUGGUUUUUGACUCGAGGCGGCAUCAGCAAGGCCUCGAGAGUGAUUAAUAUAAGUGAAGAUAUAUAUGCUGGGUUCAAUUGCACAUUGCGAGGAGGCAACGUGACACAUCAUGAAUACAUACAAGUGGGUAAGGGACGAGAUGUUGGAUUAAACCAGAUAUCCAUGUUUGAGGCCAAGGUUGCAAGUGGCAAUGGUGAGCAGGUUCUGAGCAGAGAUAUAUACAGUGGAGUAGAGGAAAAUAUCCAAAACAGAGCCAAUUCCACCAACAAUGAAGCCCUUGGUGCAGUCUUAAAUCAGCAGUUUAUCAUCCAAAUUGGUGUUUUCACAGCCCUCCCAAUGAUUGUCGAAAACUCACUUGAACAUGGGUUCCUUCCAGCAGUUUGGGAUUUUAUUACAAUGCAGUUCCAGCUUGCUUCAUUUUUCUACACUUUCUCAAUGGGAACUCGUGCACAUUUCUUUGGCCGAACUAUUCUUCACGGGGGUGCCAAGUAUCGAGCUACUGGUCGUGGUUUUGUUGUGCAGCACAAGAGCUUUGCUGAAAAUUAUAGGCUAUAUGCUCGCAGCCAUUUUGUAAAGGCAAUUGAACUUGGAAUUAUUUUAAUUGUUUAUGCUUCUCAAAGUCCCUUGUCUACAAAUACCUUUGUUUACAUUGCCAUGACUAUCUCAAGUUGGUUCCUUGUGCUUUCAUGGAUUAUGUCACCCUUUGUGUUCAACCCUUCUGGCUUUGACUGGCUGAAAACUGUGUAUGACUUCGAUGAUUUCAUGAACUGGUUAUGGUAUAGAGGAAUUUUAGUAAAAGCAGACCAGAGCUGGGAAACGUGGUGGUAUGAGGAACAGGACCACUUGAGAACAACUGGUAUAUGGGGAAAAUUGUUGGAGAUUAUUUUAGAUCUUCGUUUCUUCUUUUUUCAAUACGGAAUUGUGUACCAUUUGAAUAUUACACGUGGUAGCACAAGUAUUGCAGUUUACUUGCUGUCUUGGAUCUACAUGAUUAUGGUGGUGGCUAUUUAUAUUGUUAUAGCAUAUGCCCGGGACAAAUAUGCUGCAAAGGAGCACAUCUACUAUAGGGUCGUUCAGUUUCUUGUUAUUGUGCUGUCAGUACUCGUGAUUAUUUUACUUAUACACUUCACUGAUUUCGAUUUAAUCGAUUUCAUCAAAAGUCUACUGGCAUUUGUCCCCACGGGAUGGGGCAUGAUACAAAUAGCUCUGGUGCUCAGACCUUUCCUGCAGUCGUCUGUGGUUUGGGAGACUGUAGUGUCCUUGGCUCGUUUACAAGGAUACUUUUUAAUGAAGCAUUCAGCAGGGGACUCCAAAUUUCUCGCAUUCUUACAGGCAAAAAAUCCAACAUUGACUGACGUGAUUAGAGAUUUGCAGGUAGACUUUGAGGAUACUAAUAAUGAGCUGUUCUACCACUGGUCUUCAUCUUCACAGAAUGAAGAAACCAUUGUCUUGGAUGCUUUGAUGCAAGUUACUAGUCGAGAAGUGGGUUUAACUUAUCAAGUAUAUUCUCCCUAUUGUACAUAUGUAGCAUGA